CAAUAAUUAACGCCACCCGCGUCUUUUGAACUAACUUGUGAGUCCGUUGUGCUAAACUAAUGAGCAAACGGUCAGCAGAGUUUAUUCCAACUUUCCUUGGUGAAAGGAUGUGAAAAGGAACCAGUUGAAGAGCAGUUUUUGAUUUUUGCUCUUGAACAACUUUGCCUCUCCGUCAAUAACGUUAGCCGAAUAAGCUAGCUGUAUGUUUGAAAAUUUGCCGUUUUGCGCUAAACAAAAGAAAAUGGUACAGAAAGACACCGUGAGCCACCAGCAGGCCACCCAGCUGCUUCAUAACAAGUAUGUGGUGGUGGUGGGCGACUCCAUUCAGCGGUCUGUUUACAAGGACCUGGUUUUGUUGCUGCAAAUGGACAGAUACCUCAGCGCAAGUCAGUUGAGAAGCAAGGGAGAGAUGAGCUUCGAGCAGGACAGACUGGUGGAAGGCGGUUGUCUGAAUGUCAUGACCAAUGGGACGGAGUACAAAGAGGUCCGGGAGUUUCGAUCCGAUCACCACAUGGUCCGCUUCUACUUUGUGACCCGUGUCUUCUCCUGGUACAUGCAAAGCAUCAUGGAGGACUUCCGUCGGGGCUUGAAGCCAGAUGUCAUCAUCAUCAACUCUUGUGUCUGGGAUAUUUCCAGAUAUAAUUCUGCUUGGAUUGACAACUACAAAGAGAACCUGCAUAAGCUGUUUAAGGAGCUGAAGGAACUGCUGCCAGAGGAAUCACUGGUCAUAUGGAACCUCACCAUGCCGCUAGCAGAGCGCAUCAAAGGUGGCUUUCUGGUACCAGAGGUCCAACACAAAGCCCCACAGCUACGUUACGAUGUGAUUGAAGCCAACUUCUUCAGCGGGACUCUGGCUGACUCCUACGACAUGGAUGUGCUGGACCUUCACUACCGGUUCCGCUUCGCCCUACAUCAUCGUACGAAGGAUGGAGUCCACUGGAACGCCAUAGCGCACCGUAGGAUCACCGCACUCCUGCUGCAGCACAUGGCACAGGCCUGGGGAGUGAUCCUGGACUGUCCACAGGCCACUGAGGAACAAACUGGAGGUUCCCAGAAGCAGGACCACACCUUGGCUUCAAAACCCGCAGCUACAGGAAGUCACACUGGCUCCGGGGAUAUUUUCCUAGAUGAUUCUCUGCCUCAUGGCUACUUGAGCUUUGAGGACAAAGAAGCACAAGUCCAACCACAGCCUGUACCGCCACCUCGCAGACGUCGCCGUAAACAAAAAGUGUCUAGAAACUAUACAGACUACCAGCAGCAGCAGUAUUUGGAGCCUUACGGAGACUACCAGCACUACCAGCAGCAGCAUGACUUUGUGAUGAGGAGCCGCUACGCCAGACACCACUACGCUCCGUACACCCAUUACAGGCCAGCUCGUAAUCACUAUGGUUACGGUUAUUACUGAAGGAGUCUUUACGUACUUCUAGUCACCUGACUUGUACAGGAAUGUUUCCUUUGGCCGUUGGGAGGUUUUAGGUUCCAGGUGCUUUCAAAGCUGUCCUGGUUUGAGUUUAGAUUUUAAACAUCCACACCUGGUAUGGUGUACAAAUUAUGCUGUAAACCGCAAUAAAGUUUGACCAAAACUA